AUGGCGACAAGUGAAUCUUGUGCUGUUGAAACCAAAACCCUCCCAAUCCAACUUCCCCUUGACUUUUCUUCAAUUCAAUCCGUGCCUGAAUCUCAUGCAUGGCCUGAAUCAAAUGAAGAUCAAGUUGAAAACAAUGGAGAUGGGUCAUUAGUGUUACCCAUCAUUGAUCUCAAUGAUCCAAAAGCCAUGGAACUCAUAGGGUAUGCAUGUGAGAAUUGGGGUGCAUUCCAAUUGAAGAACCAUGGCAUAUCCAAGAGUGUUAUUGAAGAGCUUGAAGUUGAGACAAAGAGGCUCUUUGAUCUUCCAAAAGAGCAAAAGUUGAAGGCUCUUAGAUCUCGUGAUAAUCCAACAGGAUAUGGAACUUUUUGGAUUACACCUUUCUUCCAACAACGUAUGUGGCAAGAAGGAUUCACCAUCAUUGCUUCUGCUGUUCAAGAUGCCAAAAAGAUUUGGCCUAAUGACUAUCAACGCUUUUGUGAUGCGAUGAAGAAGUUCGAAGACGAAUCAAGGGUGUUAAUAGAGAAAUUAAUACACCUAAGCUUCAAAUUCUUAGGAAUUUCUGAAGAAGAAGAAAAGAAUUGGGUUGGCCCGAACAAUCAUGCUGGUGCAAUUCAAUUGAAUUCAUACCCUAUUUGUCCCAAACCUGAAAACGCCAUGGGCAUAGCUCCACACACAGACACUUCAAUCUUCACACUCCUUCACCAAAGCCAAAGCAGUGGCCUUCACAUCUUCAAGGAUGGUUCGGGUUGGUUCACUGUGCCACUUGUACCUGACACCAUUGUCAUCAACACCGGUGAUGUUCUUCACAUGUUAUCCAAUGCAAGAUUCAAAUCAGCACUUCACAAAGUUUCAGUCAACAACGUUAAGCAUAGGUACUCCAUGGUCUAUUUUUAUCGGCCCACCAUGGAUCAAGUGGUUUCUCCUUUGGUUUCGAAGAAUAACUCUGAUGAGGAACCUCGUUUUCGUGCGUUGACUUUCAAGGAGUAUGUUGGAAUUAAGGACAAGUAUCUUGACAAAGCCUUGUCAAUUGUUAGCGUCAAAGAAGAUUAA